ACCAUGCCUAAAAAAAGAUCCUGCACUUUUCAAAUGUCAUCGGAAAAUUUAAAGAACACCGAGUGUCGCAAGUAUUCAGAAAUUUUUUUUCGGCGUACAAUUCAACAUUUCGGAAUGCAAUCUUAUACGCUAUGUACGUGCGAGCCAAAGUCUGAAAUGCGUUAUGACUCAUGCCGUUCAGAAUCGCUGUAUACCUGCAACGCGUCAUCCGACGAUAUCGCUUGUUGCCACAGGACGGAAAGAUCAACAACGCUGCCCAAAUAUUUCGUCUGACAAUAUUUUCCCCCGAAUCAAAUCCAUUGAUUCCAUUUUGUCAUAGGUUUGUUCUGCACUGCGUGUAUCGGUUUAAAAAAAAAACAACAUUCGCAAUUAGCUUCCCGAGUAACGAGGAAAAACUCUCUCUCUUUUUUUUUUUUGAUGAAAGCUCGCGACGAUCUCGGCGAUCGAAAAUAGACGGGAUCUAUAGAUCGAUGGGCGGCGGGGGUGCGACUUUGGUGAAUGAAUCUAUAAAGAUAGAAUCGGGUGAGACAGCUCACUCGGCGUAUUCGCAGUAUUUGAGUUCGGUGGGUGCGAAUGGCAUCAUGUUAUCCACACGUUGCACGUUUGUUGGAAUUUCUGAAAACUUACGUGUCCGAUACUGUUUUAGAAACUCGUGCAAAACAUGCGAAUCGAUGCGCUCUGCCGUACUUCCGAAAAAAUUUGCUUCGCCACGCGAUUGCGAAUCUGCGAACGCGAUUCAAAAUUGCUGAGAUCAUUUACGUGGUCAUUCUGAAACGAAUCAUCGCGCGAUAAUUAUUCGUCUGAUCUUUUAUAGAACACUGUAGAGCAUGGACCAUUAUCCCUCGCGGUACAGCGACGCUUGGCUUAACUAAAAAUUUAUAAAUAGCCAUAAGCCGCGUGUGUCUCGAUGAAUUCAUGGCGCGAAGAGUAAAACAGUGCUUUUUAGGUACAUUUCUUUGCCCCGCUUUUUUUUUUUUUUUUUGUUUCUCUUUCGUGGGUCUCCCACGCAUAUGAUAGCGAUUAGAAAAUAGACGAGAUUCUUCGUGAUCCAGCAACAGCUGUUACCGGUGACGUCGAUCUCGCGGAGAUAAUAAGCGAAAUGAAGCAGCUACGAGUGCAUCAGGAAUUUUUUUUCACGGUGCUUGCAACGAGCAUCGCGACCGUUUUGGCAAAACCGACUCCUGAAAAUGAUCUCCAAGUUUUCGGAGGGAAACCGAGCCCUGGAGAGCUACUCGUAAGGAGACAAAAAACCACAAGCACGUGUCUGAGAAUCGCUCCCGACUUACCGCCCUGCAAUUUCGAUUCGCAGGCCACAUGGCGAUCGACGAGCGGUGAGAUUCUCCACGGAGGUCCUGGCGAAGCUACGAGCGAAGUUUUCCAGGACGGAAGGACCGCUGCGGAGCGCGAAAGCUCCGCAGAUAAUUCAAUCGGAAAUAUCGAAGAUUUGAAAAUCUAUAAGAAGGAUCUCGCUAUCACGAUAGUCUACUAUUUGGAGGGAUGCAUGCCGUACAGACUUCCCUUUGAUCUUCCGUCGUGUCCUAUCGAGGAGUUGCAGACCAUUCAGAUGAACAAACUGGUCCCCUUCAAACUGCCUGACGAUCAAGACGCUCUGAUCUUUCCAGAAAUCGACGUCAAAGAAAUCGAAUUCGCGCAUCGUCACAGCCUCGUUCACUCGUCCCCAAGUCAAUGGCUAACGAAAAUUUUCCAUCGUUCAAAAAAGGGGAUGACGGAUGUUCAGAACUUGAACAGGAUGGCUAAAAAGAAUACAAUGAAUCCGAGCACCGGAAUGGAGAGUACGAAAUACGCUAGCAGGUUUCCCACGUCGGGAGGGUCGGCGCAACUCGGAGACUCCAUGACUUCGGAAUUCUCCUGCGGGUUUUCUGAAAAUUGCAACAACAACGACGUUAACGUCGCAGAGGAGGGACCGGGGAUAAUUUUAGAAUUCCAGCCUCUCGAUAGCGGCGAUAUUUCCGAAGAACUGGAGCUCGGAGAUUUCGGUCGACCGAUCGUCCGCGACGAGAUUACGGAGGUGAGGGAUGACCGCGACGAUGAGGAGGGCGAGCCGUUUGGAAAGGAUAAAAAUAGGGUGCAGUGAAUAAAAGGAGGAUGUAUGUUGUCGACGUGAGCCAGCGAAGAACGGACGAGUGCGGGCGGUUCGAACCUCGAUUGGAUACGACAGGUCACAGGCUGGAACGACGAGGUCAUUUUAUAUUAAGUUAGGGUAGCUAAGAUUAAGUUAGACCGGCGUUGCGCGCCGCUGUUGCCGCGGGAGAAGAGGUAGGGGAGGAGACGAAAGGGAGGAAAAAGGAAAUGAAAAUGAAAAUGAAAAGAAAACGCUGCCGCUAGAAAACGAAUGCGUCUUGUACGCGAACGGAAUGCCCGCGUUGCGGGGAUCGCAGCGAAAAAAGGGGGGCAAAGCGCGAAAUUGUGGAAAACGGAGCCGAGCAACGCGACGAUGUACGGAUCAAUUAAAAAGGACGAUUCCACGCGCGCGUUACUUUUCCGGAGUCAACGCGAUCCUUGAAUGCAGCUGUAUCGAUAUUCCUCGAGAGGUUUGAUGUAACAUUCAUUCGGAUAGAUGGAGGGGGGGCAGAUGUUCGUCAAUCGUGAUAUCAAAAUGACAAGGGCGAUGAUCGAUGAUUAUUUUUUACCCCCCACGUACCUUCGAGGGGUGAACGAAGACGCCGGAGGAUACACGUGGACGAUCGGAGACGGUGGAUUUUUUAUAUUUUUGGUUAUAACGACGGAAAUUUUUGUGACAUUUUUUUUUCUACAGUUCCUGAAGUGAGCCGUUCGCCGUACCGAUCGUCGAACGUCUUUUGCUUUUCUCAUUAAAAUACAUUCAACGUAAAUGAUCGUGAUACCGCAUUCCCUGAUAUUGAUACACGUAGAUUCAUUGAGAUCCUCGAAAGCAAUUCGUCCGAAGGUGUGCGAGGUGAUCUAUUAUUUUAAUACCGCCGAAAUUUGCCGGGGUAUAUUGGAAAAAAAAUCCCGACUACUCGUAUAAACUAGUGAAUUGUUUAAAAAAAAAUACAUAUAUAUAAUAUAAUAUAUUAUACCUGUAGGAUAAAAUUACGGUUCCAGCAGCGUUAGCUACGUAGCCGGGUGAUUUUUAGUUAGGUAAUCGGAUUCAUAAUGUAUAAAACUUCGAUAAUGUACGCUCCAUUGAUUCGGGGGAGGGGGGAGGGAAAACGACGAUAGAUUUUUUGUCAUACGAAAAAAUUUAUUAUCCUCUGUUUCGCGCGGAGAAUAGAAUCGUUAGCAAACUAAAUGAUAUGACAAAAGUCGAGUGAUGAGAUCAAUAAAUAAAUAGGUAUGAAUAAA